AUGGCAGAGUCUUCGUCUACUCUCGCAGUGCACCGCUGUCGUUUCGUCGACUUCGCGCCCUCGGCAGUCACUGCACUCUGCUUUCCUCCUCUGCCUCUGCCGUCUAUCAAGGGAAAGAAGGCUGCGAACAGUCAGACUUUCCCUGGGUUCGGACCACUAGUUGUCGGGCGCGCAAAUGGGAACAUUGAGCUGUGCGAGUGGACCGGGUCAGGUCCUCGCAGCCAGGCGCCCCAGGCAUGGGUAGUCCGCAAGACACUCGUUGGGCCUUACCCAUCAAAAGUCGAAUCCCUCGCGCUUACCUUCCGCUCGCCGCGCAAAGCGGCGCAGGAGGAGAUCCCCUCCUGGUCGAACCUACGGCUAUUCAGCGCGGGCGGUGGUAGCGAACUCGUCGAGUGGGACAUCGAGAGGGGAUGUAUCAAGCGUACCGUAAGCUCGCAAGGCGGGCCCAUCUGGUCCAUCUCACCCAACGCUGCAUCCACAAUCCUCGCGCUGGGAUGUGAAGAUGGUUCAGUCCGGCUCCUGUCCCUGCUGUAUGACCAAGUUACGCACCUGCGCCGUCUUGACCGUGUGAAAAGCCGGAUUCUUAGCAUUGCGUGGGGUCCGCCCGUACCGCGGACGAAAAACGCGCAGAAAGCCGACGCGGACUCAGACUCGGACGACGAUGAAGACGAGUGGUCUGAAUCGUGGCUAGUGACCGGAGGGUCGGACAGCAGCAUACGAAAACUGGACUUUGCGACCGGUCGUGUGCUGGAGCGGAUGGGCACUGACAAAGUUCGUGGGGAGCGGACGUUGGUAUGGGCAGUAGGUGUCCUCGGGGAUGGCACCAUCGUUUCUGGAGACUCCAUGGGCAAUGUAAAGUUCUGGGACCCCAAGACUUGCACGCAGCUACAGAGCUUCCAAGGACACGCCGCGGAUAUCCUGUGCCUCACAAUCGGCUCUGACGGCACGGCUGUAUAUACCUCAGGCGUCGACCAAAAAGUCACCCAAUUCUCAUACGUGAAGACCUCGCGCUCCGACACUAACCCGUCGCCCCUUGCUCCCCGCACCUCCGGACGAUGGGUCCAAACCUCCUCGCGCCGUCUCCACUCACAUGACGUCCGCGCGCUCGCCAUCUGGCCGCCAUACACACCUCUCCCGCCCGCGCACCAACGACACUUCCCCGCGGACGUCGCACCGGUUCUCGCCUCAGGCGGUCUCGACAUGUCCGUCGUUGUGACGCCCGCUGCGCUCCCGACCGCGACGCUGGCGGGCAAGGUGACGAACCCGCUCGCGACGAGCACCACAGCGACUUUCGAAGAUGCGUAUCACCGCAGAUUGGCGUAUACGAGCGGCCCUGCGAGCUCGUCCGCCGUGCACCUGGCGAAGAAGGCGCGGUUGCUCAUGUGCACUCGUGACGCGGGACUCACCGUGUGGCGUAUUGCCGCGAAGAAGAGCGAGGAGGAUCCAGACUGGGAAGCGCCAAACACCCAGGAUGGGUGGGAGCGGGUGUUGGACAUGGAUUUGAAUGUGCAGACGAACAUCGUCGCGGGAGCCAUCUCUGACGACGGACAGUGGAUCGCGGUCGCGGACUGGCACGAGACAAAACUCUUUCAGCUCAACGAGCAGAAGAACGGCGACUUGAAGCCCCGUCGAAUACGCGCGUUCCAGUCCAUGCUCCAGAGCCAGCUGCCGGGCAUAUCCUCCGGCGCAUCCUCGUUGCUCUUCACGCCCGACUCGUCAAAGCUUGUCCUCGCCACUUCCACCACCGCUACCGUGCUCAUCAUCGACCUCGGCUCCGCGGACAGCCCCCCACGGAUCCUCCGUAAAUUCGAGCAGCACCGUCUGCGCGAAGGCUUCGUGAACGACCGCGUCAUCAAGGGCCGCACAGGCCCGUCAGGCAGCACUGACGGUGACAUCUCGAUGGCCACCGAAGACCAACCCGAAGACGCAUCCGACUCCGAGUCCGACAGUGACGCAGACUCAGACAUCGAGGCCUCCAAACGCGUCCGCACCACCAUCACGCGCCUCGCCGUGAGCGCCGACGGCCAGUGGCUCGCGACGGCGGACGACCGCCGGCGCACGCACGUCUUCAACCUCGACGCCGUGCAGCACCACUGCGCGCUCCCGUCCUUCCCGCGCGCCAUCCACGCGCUCGCGUUCGACGCGGCCACGCUCGUGCUCGGCUUCGCGGACAACGCGCUCGAGGUGUACGACGUCGAGGCGCGCCAGUUCCCGCGCUGGGCGCGCGCGCUCGUGCACGCGCUCCCGCAGCGCUUCACGCGCCUGCACGACCCCGUGCUCGGGGUCGCGUUCGACCCUGGGGCCCGCUCUGGGUCUGGGGGUGCAGGAGGAGGAGUGGGGGAGGAAGGGACGGCACAGCAGCUCCCGCCGAGGACGGCGCUGCUGUGGGGCGCGACGUGGCUCUGCAAGGUGAACCUCGCGGAGCGCGCGGGCCCGGACGCGUUCGAGAAGCGGCGGCGGGGGAAGCGGAAGGCGGUCGACCCGGCCCCCAAUGCGAACGGGCGCGUCGAGGUGCAGAUGGACGCGGAGGGACAGCAGGGGCAGCAGCAGCGCAACUUCAAGCUGGUAACGCACUACCGGCCGCUGCUGUUCGUGGACUUCAUCGCGCCCGGGGAGCUCGUGGUCGUCGAGCGGCCGCUGGUGGACGUGCUUGCGAAGCUGCCGCCGGCGUACUUUAAGCCGAAGUACGGAGCUACGUAG